AUGGCUGCCAGAUCCCCGCCUCCGUCUACACCCACGCCAAAGGCAUACUCCAACCACGCGCCGCACAUCGCUGAUCCCGAUUCCUACAGGGAACCAGCUACACAAGACAUGGACAGAGCUGCCUAUGGCGCUGCGGCCGACAGGAACUCAAAUCGCACCUCGUCCUAUUUCCCUCAACAACCACCUCAGCUCUCCUCCUCCUCGUCCUACAACUCUCCCGCUUCCGGCGCAUCUACAUAUCCUACCCCUCAGAACGCCGCUCCUCUGCCGUACGACGGGGACCAAGAAACCCAAUACAACACUCUUGCCAACUCGCAAUCCGUCAGCCACCAAACACAGCACUUCCCACAAGGAGGUGACGGUGCAUACUACGAUCCCCCGACUGCUGCUUCAAACUACAACAACAACAACCUAGUCGUACCCUCCGCUACCACCCAGGGCAAGUUCACAGAGGAAUGGGAUGCAAGUCAAAGAGGAAGCAGCAUCAUUGACGUUUCCAACAUGCCGCGGUCCAACUCCUUCGUCUCCAACAAUGGGGACGAUCAUCUGAACCUCCCCUCACGCCACAAUACCCUCAAGAAGAAGAACUCGCUGCGCAGAAAUGGCAGUCUGAAGCGGAGCAGUAGUCGCCGGAGCAUGAAGGCUGGUAGCGUUCGCAGCCUGGCUCUGCAGUCCUCCAACGACGCAGAUGAGGUGCACAGCGCUUUUCAUUGCCCGGUCCCAACAUCUGGGAACCCGACCGAGGCCCUGGCCAAUCGAUUCCAGUCUUGGCGGAAGAUUCUCAAGGAUCUUAUCGCAUACUUUCGCGAAAUUCAGACGCAUUACGAGCACAAGUCCAAGUCACUGGUGAAGCUAGCCAAUGUUGCCAACAACAUCUCCAGCCCUCCGGGUUUCCUGAACUCGGGAGGCAUCGACGAUGCGCUGCAAAUACUGCGUGCUUACCACAAGGGCGCCAUCCUAGAAUCGAACAAGGCCAAGGAGAUUGAAGAGGAUGUUAUCCUAGCUCUUGCUGGGUUGAGAAACGAUCUCCACCAGAAGAUCAAGGAGAUCAAAAACCUCUCUGGAGAUUUCAAGAAUUCCGUUGAAAAGGAGAUGGACAGUACCCGAAGGGCCGUCAAGGCUCUGCAAGAUACUCUGGGCCAGACCGACCUCGACCCAUCGCUGACGACUGGGAAGCAAGAUCCUUACCUGUUGCGGCUCGCGGUGGACAGACAAGUCGAGCGCCAGAUCGACGAGGAAAACUACUUGCACCAGGCUUACUUGAACUUGGAGAACUCUGGCCGGGAGCUGGAAGCUAUCGUGGUUGGUGAAAUUCAGAAGGCUUAUAAUGCCUAUGCUGGCAUACUCAAGCGCGAGUCUGAUGCUGCGUACGGAGCAAUUGAAGAGUUGCGCGUUGGCCCAAUCUCAAUGCCCAAGGAUUUCGAGUGGUCGCAUUUCGUUCAAAAGGACGAUCAGUUCGUGGACCCCAACAUCCCCAUCCGCUCUGCCGAACACAUCCACUAUCCCGGCCGGGAGCACGUUGGGUGCCAGGAGAUUCGCGCUGGAUUGCUCGAGCGCAAGAGCAAAUACCUCAAAAGCUACACAGCUGGCUGGUAUGUACUUUCAUCGACUCAUCUUCAUGAAUUCAAGUCCGCAGACAAGGGCCAGGCCCCCGUCAUGUCUUUAUAUCUUCCAGAGCAGAAAUUAGGUUCGCACUCCAGCGAAGGAGGAUCAUCCAACAAAUUUAUCCUCAAGGGUCGCCAGACGGGAUCAAUGCACCGUGGACACACAUGGGUCUUCCGCGCCGAGAGCCAUGAUACAAUGAUGGCUUGGUACGAAGAUAUCAAGGUUCUUACCGAGAGGUCGCCGCAAGAAAGAAGCGAAUUUGUGCGCGGCCAUGUUCGAAGUCUCAGCCAGUCUUCGCAACGCUCCACUAGCAGCGAUGGUGUUCUAGAAGACGACGACGACGACGAGCCAUUCUCGGCCGACACGGCGGUCGCAGCCAGCACGAGUUCGCGACAAGACGUCCGCCGUCCCGAAGCAGGUGGGCGAUUCCCAUCCGACAUCCAAGUCAACGCACAGCGAGGCUUACAGGCACCUCUUUCGCCAUCUAGUGUAAGCUCCGGAUUUGACAACUCUGAUCGUGACGCCGCCGCGCAAGCAUACGCUCUCCCUGGAAGCAUGCUAGGCGUUUAUCACGGAUCGAAUGAACAUCCUACAGGUUACGGGGGUUCAGACCGGACUCCCAUGGAAGAAAUGCCCUCCCAUGCAGCCGAGUUGUCCCAGCAGGCUCAGGAAGAUGGAGUCAACCCUUAUACCAGCGAAACGAUUCGCCGAUCUCAAUCCGGCAGCCGUGGGCAUCAGGCAGUGUUCGUACCUGGAGCUGAGGAACAGCGGGUGCAGAGCCAAGUUGGCGCUAUUGGCAACUACGACGAUGAGUCUAGGCCUGUCUCCAAUGUCAGUGGAUAUGACCGUGGCCUCGAGACACCAGGCGGCAACAGCCAAUAUGGGCAAUGGAUGAAUGGCAACGGGAAAGCCUCCUCAGGCCUGUCCAACCGCGGCGUCGACCAGCAAGAGACGAGCGAGUACUACGCGUCAGGUGAACGAUCUGCAGGUCAUGUCAAUGUGAUUCCCAUUGUUGGCAUGGGCAACGGCCAUGCGCAAACCAGGGAGGCUGAUCAUAAUGGGUUCUCUGGCGUUAACAAAGCGUCGACGGCGACAAGCCAGGACGUGCCUCGUCAGCAUCAACAAUUGUCUGCCAUUCGCCCGACUUCCGGCACUCUCAGAACCGACAGCGUACCGACGAUUUCCAACUUGCAUAUCCCAGGUGAAUACCCAAAGGGUACGCCAGCGGUUGAGGCUAGACGUUGA